UAACUGACCAGCGCAGCGCAGUUCAAAUCACAGAGAGGGAAAGAGACAGCGAGCAGGCGGCAGUGGUUCAUUCUGCAGUGGCCAUAGCGAAAAGCUGUCUUCUCUGCAAAGUUCCAGCGAAAAUCUGUCUUCUCUGCAAAGUCCCAGUGAAAAUCUGUCUUCUCUGCAAAGUCCCUAGGGAUGCCAACUCUAUACAACGGAUGUUAUAGAUAUUCAGUUGAUUGCCUACCAAACGAAACAACUAUUGCCUGAGAAAGAAUCUGCAUACAAAAUAUGAGUAAGACUUUUUGUGGAAGGUACUAAGCUGACCCCCGCUAUCAGGAAUUAAGAGUUCUCCACGUGGCCACCCUGUCCUGUAACCAAUGGCAACAUCGGUCCAGACCCUUCCUCUGAGCCGUGACCCCAGCAAGACAUUCCGUGACCCCUACUCGACCCCUACCCGGCCCACAGCCCUACUGGCCCAGUGCAGUAUGGGUAGUGUAGGCAGCCUAGUGGAGCGCCCGGAUGCGUCCCCAGCUAAAGGCAGCCGGGCCGUGCCCCAGGUGGGACCCAGACAGACCAACAGGUUAUUAAAGAAAGGCUUCAACCAGAGAGAGCUGCUCAACUAUCUCAACAUCACCAGGAAAGAGGCCAAAGCGGGUAGCGGCCCAGGCAGCAGUAGGAAGGACAUCUUCUCCAGCAUGCAGUCCAUGAAGAGAGAGCAUGGACAUGAGGAGGAACACAUCAAGCUCUACUACAAAGACGGAACUGAGGUGGACAUGUCAAAGAACUCCCUGCCAAUUGGAGGGAAAUAUGAGAAGUCUCGUCUCAGGCCGUCUGCCUUCAAGCCCGUCACACCCAAGAACUUCAGUUCCAUGCAGAACCUCUACCCUGCCAAGAUGGAGGACUCAGACCAGGGCCUGUCGAACGGGCUCCACCGGGCCUACGCACACACACCUAGAGCUGUCUCCACCUCCUCUUCCUCCUCCUCACCCUCCCGCCACGGAGGACCCACCUCCAGUGGAACCAAGGCGGUGGCGUCAGUGCGUGGUCUGAGUCAGGAGGAGGAGAACCUGUCAGACUCUGGUCAUAACUCCAUGAACAGUCUUCCUCCAUACAGACCUCCCUUCAGACCACAGCUGGCUCACAUCAGUGCCUCCAUGGGCCACAUCAACUCCAUUGGCUCUCUGGACCGAGCAUCAAAGGUUGUGGGGUCGUCGGGGGUCGCCAUGGCGGAUAUGGCCAUGUCAUGUCAUAGCAUGGCAACGCUCAGCCGCCUGGCGCCAUACGGAGGGGAGGCUCCGCCCCCUUAUGAACUGUCACUCUCUGUAGAGGAGGUGGUGCGUGAUCUGGAGGAGAGGCUGGUGGAAAAGGAACAUGAGCUGAAACAGAUGAGGAGGAACCUGGAUGAGAGUGAAGGAGCCAUUGCGCAGGUGUUUGAAGGUAAACAGCGUCUGUGGGAGAAGGAGUUGGAGGAGUUGAAGCAUCUGUACACUGCCAAGCUGCGUCAGGUUUCCCAGCAUGCUCAGCAUUCAGAGCGUGCACUGCAGCUGCAGCUGUACAAGGCCCAGCAGGAGAAGAACAGACUGCAGGAUGAACUGGAUGCUCUGACGGGGGGGAGACAGAGAGAGGGUCAGGGGAGUCUGAAGGGAACCAGCCCUACUCUGGAGGAGACUCAGUGGCAGGUGUGUCAGAAGUCGGGUGAGAUCUCGUUGUUGAAGCAACAGCUGCGUGAUUCCCAGGCGGAGGUGACCAGCAAGCUGUCAGAGCUGUUCCAGCUGAAGACCCAGCUGAGAGAGACCAGAGGAGAGCUGCAGAGCCGUGAUGGACAGAUAGACAUGCUGCAGACAGCCCUACACGGUGCGCAACCACGACGACAGGGGAAAGGGGGAGCGGAGGAGAGUGGGACACUAGGGUCUCGAGGAUCAGGAGGGGCAUCAGGCUCUACAGAGGAGCGUCUGCGAGCAGAGCUGUUGUUAGAGCGUUGUCAGAGUGAGGCCCAGGCUACGGCCUUCGAGCAGGAGAGACAGACGUGGCAGACAGAGAAGGAGAAAGUCAUCUGCUACCAGAGAGAGCUGCAGGCCAGCUACCUGGAUAUGUACCACCACAACCAACUACUGGAGAGAGAACUAUACCAGCUCAGAGGAGGAGGAGGAACGCUGGAGAGGGAACUGCAAGAUGUGAGGGGAGGAAGAGGAGGAGAAGGAGAAGGAGGAGGAGAGAUGGGAGAUUACAGUAACGAGUCACUGGAAAGGGAAGUGCAGGAGGUUAGGAGAGGAAGAGGAGGAGGAGAGAGAGAAAGAGGAGAGGAAGACAGUAAACCUCCCCCUGGUCUUCCUUGGAUAGAGAGGAUAGAGUCGUCUGAGAUUUGACUGAGUGGACACUAGAGGGGGGGGGCAUUCCAAACCAAUCACUCGCCCCCUCUUCCUAUCUCUUUGAUGAAGACUCAGGCUUCUUACAGACUUGAAAAGACAGUGGAGGUCCCAAUUCCAAAACAACUCUGCACUCCUACACUCCUUGACCUGUAUGAACUAGACUGAAUAGUGUGCAUGUAUAAUCAGCAAUACAAUGAUACACCCUUUCUGGUACUGUUUAUUGGAGGUUCCACUUCCUGUUUCAAUCCUGCAAUCAAUGAUAACUUCCUGUUUCAGUCCACAAAUCAAUGACAGCGUAUUAGAGUCGAGAACACUGUACAUUCGAUCAAGCACGACCCUGACCAAACCUCACUUUAGAGGGCUGCUUGUAUGUACAAAUGAUAAUGAUAAUAAUAAUAAUAGUCUAUUUGUAAAUGUUACUUAAUCUAAUUUAGUUCUGUGUGUAUGUAAUCAACCAGUGUGUUCCUUACAGCCGUUCUGUGGGCUCGUUGAAGUUCAGACACUGACUGGGGUAAAGUAAGGGUAGGCUGUGUCUCAAAUAGUACCCUGUAUAGUACACUACUUUUGACCAGGGUUCUGUAGUAGUAGUGCACUAUAUAUGGAAUAGGGUGCAGUUUCAGAUGCACCCUAGUACAUUGUUCAAAAGGAUCUAAAGGGAUUUAGGUUUUGUCCCGGUGAGGUGAGGUGUGGUGAGGUCUGGUGAGGUCUGGUGAGGUGAGGUGUGGUGUGGUGAGGUGUGGUGUGG